CAUCAGUGUGUACCAUAAUGAUUUUCAGGUUUUGUCCAUUGUGUAAGAAUGAUGACACUGAGAUUGUGAAGGCUGGAGAGAAGUUGAAAGACAGCAAGAAGAAGGCCAAGAUGGCAUCUGCCAAGGGAAACACCUCCCGUGAUUGGGGCAAAGGGUUUGCAUGUGCUGGACGCCAGAAAGUUUGCACCAUUGUUCCGCAGAAUCACUUUGGUCCUGUCCCUGGUGUGGAGGUUGGCACUCUUUGGAAAUUCAGGCUGCAGGCUUCCGAGGCUGGUGUACAUCGACCGCAUGUAGCAGGAAUCCAUGGCCGAGAGAAUGAGGGAGCUUACAGCAUAGUUUUGUCUGGUGGCUAUGAAGAUGAUGAAGACAAUGGAGAUUCAUUCACUUACACAGGCUCGGGUGGCCGUGACCUAUCAGGCAAUAAGCGAACAGCAGAGCAAUCCAGUGACCAGCAGCUGACUCGCAUGAACAGUGUAGGACUACUUCUGAGACCAUCGAACAUUUCCUGCUCCACUGCCCACACUUCCACGCCCACCACACUGCACCACGCUCACGGCUUUCCACUCUGGCCAUCACAACAUUUAACCUACCCACCCUCCUGGCGGCCUCAAGGGUCCAUGUCCACCCCUCAUGGCAACCUGCUGUCCUUUGCCUUACCUAUCCGUGGAAUCCGAAUCCGGAUCCGAGUACUUGAGCACGGGGUGGUGCGGCGCUGGAUUUGCCUGAGAGCGGGAUCCGACUGGCUGCCCUCUGACAAAUCCAAGCAGCGCGGUACUCGUCUAGCUGCUUGGAUUCGUCUCCCUGCGUGGUAA